GAUAAAUGUACGAGAGGGAGAUAACAGAAAGUGUAAAAUAAGCAAGAAAAAAGGAGAAGUAUACUUGUCACAAAAGGUACCCUAAAAGUUCCUUGUUUCAUCAUCAUUAAUUAUUUCAUGAUUAAACAUCAUUAAUCAACUUUUUAAGUAGAAUUAGUAAAUGGACCCACACAUCCGAAUCUUCAGCUCCUCUUUAUUGCAAGACCUUCUGCAAACCUACGUCAAAAUAUCCACUCAAUAUCACUCAAAUUAAUGUAAGGGUAUACAUUAUUACAUUUACAUAGGGGAGAAUCGUCAGAGACGGGCUUUUCCUUACAGGUAUUUACUGAGCGUUGAAUAAUGAGACUGUUUUUUGUGUGUGAAAUUGAUUCAAUCAGUAAUGAUGAGUGACACUUAAUUAACCCAGCCCAAGACUUGACAGUGAAAUGCAAUUUUGCCUCUGAUAAUUAACUUGGGAGGACACAAAAUAACGCUCUUACAGUUAAACUAAACAGGACUCAAUAAAAGCUGCAUUAGAGUGACAGCAAUACAUCUUCUGUUGCUAUAGGCAACAGGUAUACCACAUCUUGAUGAAUCCACGAUGAUUUUUAUCGAGCUAGGCAUCAUCAACAGAAACUCAGCAGUACACAAAUAUUGUUCUAAUUGUGCUAUCAAGGUCUACCUGCUCCUACUGUGAGAGCACAUUCAAGAUAGUAAUGGCAAAGGAAGAGAGUGUUUGGUGACAACACAGAGUUUGUUUCAUCAUGUUGGUAUCUGUGAAGGAGGCUUAAUACUAACUGACCCCGACUAAUCAUGAUCACCUGACACUGAAGGAUCCAGUUGUGACGUUCAUUGGAUGAACAGCAAAACAGGACCAAGAAGGCAACCGGUUACGAAAUGGAGUAAGUCUUGUCUCAACGCAAGCUUUACUGAGAGUUGUAUCAAUUAAAUGUCAAGUGAGAACUUGGACAAAGGAUCUCUGUACUGAGGGAAGCUUUUUGAAGACUUACUAAAAGACUUCAGGGGACCUUUUCUGCUCUUUGAUUACAUGUGCCAGCCUGCUUUGUUCUAUCACUGGUAAGGAUCUGCAGAAACUGGGACCAAAGAGAUACACAGCUGGAUUUUUGGGCACAUCAUCGCCAGAUGGUGGUGGUCUUUGAGAGGGGAUUGCAGGAGCCACUCUCCAUAGACUGUAGACAGUGAUAUCAUUUCAACAUGUCCAAUUCAUCGAUCGAUCCUUUUCCAACAUCAACAAUCUCCCCAUUCCUCAUUGCCCUCCGUACUUGCUUCAUCACUUUCCUUGGUCUCCUGAUCAUUGCCGGCAACAUUCUCUCCAUCACCGUGACGCACCGUGUGACCAACUUGGCCGAGAGCACCAAGGUCUUGAUGACAUCACUGGCCGUGUAUGACCUCCUCAUCGGCAUCACAACAUUGUUUAGUAUCAUCUCAUCCGCCAUGGACAGAUGGCCCUUUGGUGAACUCAGCUGUCACAUGAUGUCAGCAAUAAAAUCGUUUGUUUCAAUUAUGUCUCUGCAAUCUAUGAUUAAUCUGAAUAUUGAGCGAUACAUUGCCGUGGUCUGGCCCUAUAAAUUCCCUCUUUGGUGUACGAGACGUCGUGUAAUUAUCCUGAUACUAGGGGUAUCAAUUCUAUCUUUAAUACAAACAGUUCUGUUGACGCCACUCUACGGCAUAAAAGGAACAUACAUUUCGGCUGCAGCAGUGUGCUUUCCAUCAAACAACAGUGAGAUCAUUAAUAUAUUAACCAUUCUUUCGGUCAGCAUAUUACCAACAAUAUCCAUGAUAUUUAUCUAUUAUCGGCUGAUUAAAAUUAGUCGCCAACAUGAACGACGAAACAACCGCAAUGGUCCAAAUGAAGCUGCCGAUAUGCAGAACAAUAAAGCUCUGAAGACGUUUUUCAUGGUCACUUUAUCAUUUGUUUGCUGUUACACGCCAUAUCUGGUGGCACGACUAGUGGAAUAUUACAGCGGCAAGGCGACCUCUGACCUACUUUCCUUUCUGGUAAUAUCACUCUACAUCGUCAACAGUGUGUUCAAUGUGUUUAUCUACUGUCUCUUCAACCAAACUUACCGUCGGACAGCCAAGAAGAUAAUCACAGAGAAACUCCAAUGCUGUAAACGGACAGCUGUUGGACCAGUGAAUACCUAACUAUUAACACUAUUACUUACUGAAUCUGCCCAUUCAGUGCAAGAAAAGGAAAUGAAGCAUUCAGUAACAGUUCAUAUUAAUAAGCUACUAUUGUUGGCAUGGCAACACAGGGUUGGGCAUUUACCGAACCAAUCAUCAUCUUUAUUGAAUGGUAAGAUCUCUCUGUGAGCAAGUCAAGUCAGUGAUGGUACACCCCUCCACCUGUGGGGAGACGAUGACGGUGUUAUUAGACACCAAUCAUACAACUCAUCUCUGCUUUAUAGCCUCUCGUCAUUUCAGUGCAAACUACAGGUGCAUACGAGACCACAAGACUUGUACAUGUACAGUUUUGUCUCGCUCUGUCAUCAAGCUUGAAACAACAUUUCAAAAGUUUGUUAGGCUACGGUGAAGUUUUGCACAGGCAACUUGAGUGUACCAGCAACAAUUUGGAAAUUUCACCGGAGCAUGUAGGUCAUCUCUUCAUUCAAGAAUUACUGGUGACUGGGGUCUUGUCUGUUCUGACGACACAAUUUGGAAAAUGUUUAAUUCAUCAGCUGAUGGUCCCUUCUAUCCUCUGAGCUUUCUCCAUUUCUGAUUGGUCUUCGUACAACUUGCAUCUCUCUCCUGGUGCUGCUGAUCAUAACAGGGAAUAUCCUCUCCAUUGCCGUGACACGGCACAUAACACACUUAGCCGACAGCACCAAGGUUUUGAUGAUGACGCUGGCUGUGUAUGAUCUCCUCGUGGGUUUGACAUCAACACUCAACAUCAUAGCAUCAGCCAUGGACAGAUGGCCCUUUGGUGAAUUUGGUUGUCAACUGAGCGCAUUUGUGACAGAUUCUGUUCUCUUUAUGUCUGUAAUAUCAAUUAUACUCCUGAAUCAUGAAUGAUACCUUGCUGUCCCUCAGCCUUACAAAUUCCAAAUUUGUAGGUAUUACUGGUAUGUGUGUAGAGAUUGUACAGAUUAACUUUUAUAGGAUAAAAAAGAUAAGAAUAAUUUAGAACAUUACAUCGACAAACAUAGACAGAACUGUUUCAGUCUCGACAAAAUAUGCCUUAGGAUUUUCAAAAUCAUGAAAUGUUUGUGUGCACUGUGCUGUGAAUAUUUUAACUUAACUUUUAUUUCUGUUCAUGCCAUUUCAAAAAUACUGUGUACGGUCUGCUUGCACAUUUAUGUAAUCCAAUUUAAAUUCAAACUUAAUAGUUUCUGCUACCCCAAAUUUUCUGUACUAAGAAGCUUAGCAGUAAUAACCCCCCCCCAGGUGUGUGACAAAUCAUAUUAAAAUUGAGGGAUUGAGGACUGUUAGAGUUAACCAAAAUGGGGCAGGUUACUGAUGCAGGAACUUUAUAGGGAAUACUAAUUCGCCAGAAAAAAAGAGAACUGAAUCAAUAUAAAGUUCUCUUGUGAUACCUAGCGAUUCUAUCUUUCAAAGAUAACCAAAAUAAUUAGUGACCAUUCUCUUCCACAGUCUGCGCACCUUGUAAAAGAAGUUAACAAAACAACUCCAUCAAUCAAACUUAAAAGAGGUAAAUAUCAGUCUGGCUCUUUGAAUGUAAAUGACAGCUAUGAUGGCCAAUAUUUGCUCCAAUAAAGGAGUGCUUAACGAUGCUGUACCCUUGAUAUGCCUAUCUUUCUUGAUGGUGAUUGCCAGCUGGUAUCUAAUCUGCCAUUAGCAGAGUUAUGACUUGAUUACUUGGAGAAAGUUUAGAAUUUCCUAUUUUUCCCUCUGUUGUCUGUUGUGGAAUAUUACACCACUCAUGGUAUACAGAUGAAGAGAAAGAGUUGUAUUCAGUGCAAACAUUUGAUAAAACGGCAAGAUAAAUGUAACACUUUUAACAAGCUCAAUAUCUUUAAAUAAUCCACUCAUCAAUUCUAUCUACAUGUAUAUAUACAGCUCAUGCUCAGAUGUGCACAGCUGAUUUGAUUUUUCAUACUGUGGUAUUGUUUUCACACUUUAUUUUAUUUACACUAAUAGUUAGAACAGUUCUAAAGGUGUCACUCCUUUUUUUAAUAUUCCGGAGAGAGGUGUGUUAUAGCAUGAAUGUAGAUUGCCAUUAUUCAAUCACUAACUUGUAUAUCCCGUUAGGCUUGUGAGUGACCAGACAUUGGCCCUAUAUCCCUCAUAGCCCCUUGGGGCAUAUAGAGGUGCACUAGUGACCUCGCUGCAGUCCAUAAUUGUAUAUUAUUAUCCUGGAAAAUAUUGCUGUUAAUUAAUAGUAAUAGUGUGCUAUCGACUUGUCACUGAAAUAAAACGGAAAAACAAGUCUGCAAUUUCUUGCACCCUUACAGAUCACUGCAGAAAAAUGGGGUUGAUUUCUCUUGACAGGAAUCAGGAAUCAGAAUAGUUUACGUGGUUCUUGUCAUGCUGGCUCAAUGCAUAUAAGGUCAAACAAAAAAUGAGUGUUUCCUAUUACACUGAAAUAUAAAUUAGGGUGGUGGGUUGGGUACAAUAUUUUUUUUUACUCUACAUUUUUAUAGCCCCAAAAAUUUGGGUGGGAUGAUGGUCUGUAUUUUUUUUUUUGGGGGGGGAACGUAUAUUUGUAACAGGUACUAAGUCAGUGUCAGAUUAAUACA